AUGGGAGAUGCAAUUAUACAAGAGGUGCUCCAGAAGAGCGAGAACGAGCACCACGGCACCCUGGCAGACCAGCUGCUCAUGGACGAGCUCCAGGACUUGGAUAUCGGACCCUUGGACAGGGUCAAGGACGAAGAUGUUCCCACUAGCAAGACCGUGAGUAGAUCACAAUCGCCAGCAGUGUCUUCCACAAACAGCAGAGGCAAAAUUAGCCAGACCCAGAAGGAAAUACGGCAAAACUCAACCUUGGUGUCGGUGACGUCGGAACUGGCGUUGGGAAACCCGUCCAAACCAUCCAACGAGUCCGAUGAGGCCUCCAAAAUCUCAGCCUACGCCAGAUUGGACUUCGAAAACUUCACGUUUUUCGUCCAGACCUUGCAGGUGGUGUUGGGAAGAAAGUCGGCCGACGAGUUGAUCCAGAGCAGCCACCAUGCCGUGGAUGUGCAUCUUUCUUCCAAGAAGGCCAUCUCGAGAAGACACGCCAAAAUCUUCUACAACUUCGGCACCCAAAGAUUCGAAAUCUCUAUUUUGGGUAGAAACGGUGCCUUUGUGGACGACUCGUUUGUGGAAAAAGGAAUCACGGUCCCCUUGAGCGAUGGCACCAAAAUCCAAAUCGGCGAUUUGCCCUUCCAGUUCGUAUUACCUUCUAUUGAGCCAAACGAAGAAGACUCCCUGGUGGUGCCGUCCAAACAAUUCAACCCCAGCGAUGCCAUCAACUUGAGAUCUAAUCUUUACAAUACAAACAACAAAAAGCCGGUUUCGAAGCCAAAGAAGGAACCAAUACGGAGAAAAGACAGUAUACCAACCGAUCCAAAGGACGUCCAAGAGCCUAAGGAAGACCAUAAGAGUAAGAUGGAUCCGCCAAAGAUCGAGAAGCCGGAUACCCCACGGAAAUCUUUUAGUAAAGAAGAGAGAAGAGACUCCAUCCUCAAGAUCAGAAGGUUGUCGAAUGCAAGAAGGAAGUCCUUAGCCAGUGCAGCCAAUGAUGAAAUUAACGAUAUUUUAAAGGAAUUGGGAGUGAGUUCCAUUGAUGCCAUUGACGAAGAAGACUCCGAAUUAUUUGAUUCUCAGAUUCAAGCUAUGUUGGCUGAUCAUGAAAAUAGUAGAGAAGAGAUCGGAUUGGAUGGAAAUCUUCUCAGGCUCAGUCAGUACAGUGAGUCAGCAAUAGAAGAAGAGGAGGAUGAAAUCGAUCAAUUGGUCAAACAACACAACUUAGAACAGGGGGUCGUGUUGGACGACGAAGACAACACGAACGAUCUUGACAUGGACUUGUCAAUCUUGGACCAAGAAAUUGCAAAUCUAGGACCUCUAAUUGAUGCACACAAUCAGGAUUUAAUCAAGGAAAAGGAGGAAAGAAGAAGAAGGUUGGAGAUAGAAAGAAAUCGCAAGAGACAACAGAUACAGAAGAAGCAGAUGAACAAAGCUAAAGAAGACGAUAUUCCUAUUGACACAGCAUUGUUAGGACCAAACUCAUCCAAUAGUAUGUCUGGCCACAUCAAAUCAGGUCCGCUCAUGGGUAAGGUGGUUCCUCCACGAAUGGGCAAAGCCGCCUCUAUUCAACCUCCAGCAAAUAGGUUAUACAAUAGACCAUUGAACGGUCUCCCAAAGUCACAGGUUAUUGACAGCAGGCUAGGGGCAAACACAAUGACUGGAUUGCCCAACCAUUUGGUCCAGUUAGGUGGCACUCAAUCUCCAGUUGGAUUGCCAAUGAAAUUGCCACCAGGAAUGAUAUACAAUGGAUUACAGAAGCCGGUGGCACCACCACGAGCCCCACCUCCCAAGCUCGAGGUCGCUGUCAUACCAAUAAUUUCCGAACCAUCAGCUGUAAGACCAAGACCUCCGUUAAGAGCCAUCACCGUGAGUGGAAAGGCAACUUUGACCACUUUUGGCGUUCCCAAAACAGUCGAAGAGCCUUCCAAAUUUCCUAAAGUUCCCAAGAGAGGAAACCAAAGCUUUAAGAAAUUGCCCAAAAAGGUGUACACCUUGGACGAAAUUCCCGAGCAGUACAGAUCCAAACCAUCGAUAUCUUUACCAGUAUUGAUCACAAAUGCUUUGAAGGUCAACCGAGAAAAUGGUCUCACUUUGAACGAGCUCUAUGAAUCCAUCAAAGACGCCUACCCGUACUAUAAGUACUGCCCUGACGGAUGGCAAUUUUCUGUUUCACAUAACGUGAAGUUGAAUAAAAUAUUCAAGAGAAAGUUCAAGAGAAAUAACGAAUGGGUAUACAUCAUCGAUGACUUGUUUAUAAACGAAAGGGAGAAGGUCAGAAAGAAGCAACAAGAGAUGAUUGCAGCAAGAAUAAAGGCAGCCGAUUUGAGAGCGGAGGAAUUGAAACAGAAGCAGCGUUUCGAGGCUCAACAGGCCAUUACUCACAAUAUUGUGGGAAGGAACUUCUCGUCGCCGUACGGCUUGCCUGUGAGUGGGUCUCCCCAGUCUCAGUUCAUCUCCCAUUUACACAAACUGCCAGUCAGCCCCGGAAUAAUCACAGGGGUUCCUGGUGGUGUCAAUGGCCAAAAGCCCAAGACCAUUGCUGAAUUGGCAAGUGAAAUAAGAAGAGACGGAGUCACAUCCAAGGCUCCAAUGUACUUCAAGCCGCAGUCCCCUGUACCAGUUGCUGGAGCAGCCAUCAAGAGAGAAGGCACCAGUCCCAUGAGCAAUACUAUCAAGGCACAAUUGGCAGCGAAUAGAUCAAACCCCACUUCACAAUCGCCACCUCCACCCUCCACGACCACAAACUCGCCUACUCCACCGGCGACGUCAGGGCCAAUGAACCAAGACACCAAGAAGUCCUUGACCUACUUGCAAAAGGAGCUUUUCACGUUGUACAAGGCCAGAAAAUUGUCUUAUAACACCGCAACUACAACUGAAAUCAUCACCAAGGCUUUGGCUACUACCAUUGCCCAGGUAAAUGUGAUUGGUGCAAAGGCAGGGUGUGGGGACAACGCCUUGAGCUUCUUGGUGGAGAGAGCUCCGCAACAAGUGAGUAAAAUCUUGGACAUAGCUUUGACCAAGUCCAUCCGAGAGAAACAGGGCACCUCGUCUAUACCUUCCAGCAGGGCUGGGACUCCAGGACCCUCGACCUCGCAAGCACCCUCUCCUACGAAGCCACCAGCAGCAGUAGUGGCCCCCAAACAAGCUGAAUCUCCUCCACAAACGACAGAACGGGUUGCGUCAAGUGCGACUGAAGGCCCCAGUGUAGCGCAUACAUCUACCACUCCACCUGAAACAGUUUCCCCCAGUCCUACAAAAACAGUUUCCCCCAGUCCUGCAAGUGAUGCAAAAGCCUCAGUCUCGAAUCUUCCAGGCUCGACAGGAUCGACACCAGCAUCGUACGUAUCCCCAAGAGCCGCGGCACCAGCACUAGCCAAACCUCCUCUGUUCGGGGCAGGCCUCUCAAGACCUCCCAGCUACAAGUCCAGCGGUCCAUCGCUUUCCAAACCGCAGAGCUUUGCCAAACCAGGGGGAUUAUCUCGUCCUCCAACGUUCUUGUCCAAUAAACCCGCACAACGCCCAGCUCCAAGCUAUUAUUCGACUCCAGGCUCCAGCGAGUCGGCCAAAAGGGAGCCAGAGCAAGCACACGAGAACGAGAGCCCCCGAAAGAUCAUGAAGACCGAAUAG